AUCUGCCUAUAAAAAGAGGGCAUCUGUUUCUCUGAAACACACACCACUACUUUCUCGAUCACCAUGGCUAGUACUUUUGCUUCUCUUUGCUCUCUGCUUCUGAUCGUUUCUUCUGUUUUAGUUUCUUCCUACUUUGGUGUCUCAGAGGCACAACCCUCUGUUCCUGUAGUUAAAGGGCUAUCAUGGUCCUUCUAUGACUCUAGCUGCCCUAAGCUUGACUCCAUUGUAAGGAAGCAGCUCAAGAAGGUCUUCAAGGAAGACAUUGGCCAGGCUGCUGGCUUGCUUCGACUCCAUUUCCAUGACUGCUUUGUUCAGGGAUGUGAUGGGUCAGUUUUACUGGAUGGAUCAGCGAGUGGUCCAAGUGAGCAGCAGGCACCUCCAAACCUGAGUUUGAGAGCCAAGGCCUUCCAAAUCAUCAAUGACCUCCGUGAGAUUGUUCACAGCAAAUGUGGGAGGGUCGUUUCUUGUGCUGAUUUAACUGCUCUUGCUGCUAGGGAUGCUGUUUUCCUGUCAGGUGGCCCUGAAUAUGAAGUACCACUGGGAAGAAAGGAUGGACUAAACUUUGCAACAAGGAAUGAAACCCUUGCUAACCUCCCCGCACCAACAAGCAACACCACAAAACUCCUCACAGAUCUUGCCAAGAAAAACUUGGACGCCACUGAUGUCGUUGCUCUAUCUGGUGGCCACACCAUCGGCCUUGGCCACUGCACCUCCUUCACUGGCAGGUUAUAUCCGACUCAAGAUGCUAGUAUGGACAAAACUUUUGCCAAUGACCUUAAGCAAGUGUGUCCAGCAGCCGACACAAACGCCACAACCGUGCUUGAUAUCCGCUCGCCUGACACAUUCGACAACAAGUACUACGUUGAUCUCAUGAACCGCCAAGGUCUAUUCACAUCGGACCAAGAUUUGUACACAGAUAAAAGAACACGCGACAUUGUCACUAGCUUCGCCGUCAACCAGACAUUGUUCUUCGAGAAGUUUGUUCAUUCCAUGAUCAAGAUGGGGCAAUUGAGCGUGCUAACUGGUUCGAAAGGUGAAAUUCGCGCUAAUUGCUCAAUGAGGAACUCAGACAACGCUAAUUACUUGAGCUCCGUGGUGGAAGAGGAUGAAGAGAGUUUGUCUGAGUUCUAAGGAGUGAAUUCUGUUCAACAUGUUAAUCAACUUGUGUAUGUAUGCAUGUACCGCUACUUCUCAUGCAUGUUUGUUCUUCUUUCUUCUGAUGAAGGGUGAAUAAGUCUCU